AUUACGGAUACAGGUGGAUCGGCGGCCGGGCGUACGGCACGUUUGCGGGGGUGAUUGACGGCUGGGCCGACGUUUCGAUCAACGGACACUUUCUGAAAGACUACAACUGUUACUUGGCCGAGCUUACCAGACACAUAACGAGCGACAAGGUGUGCUUACUCACGCCCAAAGCCGGCGUCAUCCCGCCCAUGAUGACUGUAUUGAUGAGUUUCCAGAGGGAAGUUUGGAUGAUGACGGCAAUCACAUGCGUACUGGUCACCGUCAUAUAUUUCGCGACCGCGGCUGCGGCGUUGGACACGCACAGGCAAGGACCCACGGGAUGUAAUUUGGGGCUGGAAAUCUACAGAAUGUUCAUCGGCGCACCCACCAAUCGAAUUUUCGCUUACUCUUGUCACCGGAUAUUGACUUCAUUUUGUCUGUUUUUUACACUGGUCAUUUUGAACGCAUUCCAGGGAUCACUAGUAACGUUCUUGAGUACUCCAAUGCACUAUCCCGAUGUCAAUACAUUUACCGAUCUGAAAGAGUCGGAUUUGCCGAUUCGUACAUCUAGUAUCAGUUUCAAAGAAAUAUUGACUGGAGACCCUAACUUGAAAUCUCUAGCCUAUCGAGUCGAGAAGUGGGAAAAAGAAGAAGACAUUCACAAUUCUGAUGGCCAGUUCGCCGGAUUUGAGCGCGUUAAUGUUUUUAAUUUGGAACAUUUCAAAGACGUAUUAUUCGUCCCCAAUAAGACCAAUACUCGAGUGUUGCACACUAUGAACGAGUGUCUGAUAUCGUACUUUAUAUCAUACGUAGUUCAUAGGUAA